AUUACACAAAUAUCAGUUAUCCAGGCUAGGAACCAAGAUUGGCCUGAUCUCUGACGAAUCCCUCCGAUGAUAUAUCCCAGGAACAAGGUCUAAACUGAACACAGGAGAUUCGCCGAACCUACCAGAAUGCCAGUCGUAUUUGGUGCAGAGGUUGGGGAUACCGAGGAAGUGGACUGGGAGUGGGACGAACAGCUGAUUGAUAAUAACGGAAAGACCGUGUUUGAUCUUGGUUACCAAUAUAUUCCUCCCGAUCAGCUCUUCCCGAGUUCAAGGGGCGGACCAUAUCUUCUGAGUUGCAACAAUUGUGCUGCAGUGAUGAGUGUAGAGCAACUUAUUCAGGUGAAAAUGGAAUUUUAUCCUCAAUUGAAUGUGAAUGAUACUUUUAACAAUAUGGAGAACACAUAUCGUUCAGAAAUAGUGCCAAUUUGUUACACGUGUAUAAACAAUGCCUAUAACACAUAUAUCCCACCUGUGCGGCCAGAAAACACAGAAGUGUACGUUGUUACCGAUAAUGUGCGGCAAGCAAGUGACAAGCGGACGGACUUUUCUGUAAAAGGGGGAGAAGAAACCAUGGAAAAGAUACAAGAUACCGAUUCUUUGAAAAAGAACCUCGCUGUUGAAAUUGUUGACUCGGGUGAAAAUAUGGAUGAUAGCGAUAUUUUCAUGGAGAAAGAAAAGGAUGAAAAGAUGGAAGACGACUCGGGUGUUGAUUGUUUUGUAGAAUACACGGCGAUGUUCUCGUGCAAAAUAUGCGAUUCUGAGUUCGAAACAGUCGAAGAAUUCGGAAAACAUACUCGAACUCAUGAACGAAUUAAUGCAGCAGAGAAGUGCCCAAUCUGCUCCAUCCACUUGUCUAAAGAAAGGUUAUAUGAACAUAUAGCGGUGCACGGAGAAACCAUAUUACGAUAUCUCGAAGAAAUGAAGAGAGGCGAGAAAAAGGAAACUAUAAAUAAGUUGAAAUUGAAUAAGUGUUCGAUAUGCCAAUGGGCCUGUCUCGGCCGUUCAAAAAUGAAAAAGCAUAAACGAAAGCAGCAUUACAAGUGUAUGUUUUGUGGUUACUAUUUUAAAAAUAAAAAACAGUGCAAGAAACACGUAAGAAAGGAAGGAUGUGGCAGAUACAAGCAAGAGGACAGUAAAACACCACAAGUAUCCUUUCAAGAAAAGUUCUCAUGUGCAACAUGUCAGGAAGUUCUGUUUUCGCAAGAAGAACUAGUACGCCAUGCAAAAAUGCAUAUUACGUACAAAAAAUGUAAGAUAUGUAAUAUAAAAGUUCGGAGUGGGGAACCUUUUUUGAGUCAUGCACGCCAACACGCGCUUGCAUCGAAAGAAAAUACAGCCGAUUCUUCACCCGUGACUUCCGCGCUGCGAGUCUUAGACGAAAAUAUCGGUCCGGCCUCCUUGGACGAAAGAGACGAUAGUUGCUCAUCAGCUGCCAUUGAACAUUCUUUACAAGAGGUUUACACUUCGGCUACGAUAACAACAUGGCGCCAACUGUCAUUGCAGAUGCAACAGAUGAACAAAGAGACUUCUGUUGACAGAUCUGAUUGUACCAACAACGAAGCUAGCAAUGCCUCGGACAGAAAUGUCAGUGACAGAAACAUUGUUGCAAAGGUUACAAAUACUGCCAACGUCGAUAACAUCCCAGUCAAACGACGCGCUUCGAUCAACAACGAUUCCUCGAUUAGCACCAACAAACUACAGAUCAACGAAAGCAAUAACGCUGUGGACGAGUUGCAAUGUCAAACCGAAAAAGUCUGCCACAAAAGCAAGAAAUGCUCACCUGAAAAAGAGAACGAGAAGCAGUUGUCUGAAACACAAAAGGAAUUCAUAUUGGAAAAGAAAUUCUCAUUAAAAAAUAAUUCAAAAAGAAUUUAUUUUAAGAGGUCUCCGGAUAUAUUAACAAUGCGUGCUAACAAACAAUGGGACCAUACGGAAAUAAACGUUCCAGAAAGAGUGCAGUCAUGUACUCCUUAACUAGUUUGCCCAGGACGAACUGGAUAUAUAACAAUUCUUCCCAAUACCAUGAAUCUAUUAGCAUAUAAGCUCCAAUAUAUAGGAGAGCAUCCUUUGUUGGUGGAGCUCCCUUAUCGCUUGAAUGGAUAAACUGAAUCCUACCUACCGUGAUAUCAUGCAAAAGCUACAUGAAGAGGAUCGCAUGAAAGUAUACACAGGGGGCUUCAACAAAGACGAAACGAAAUGACGAAAAAUCAAAAGUAUGACGUCACUGAAUAUUGUUUUUAAAGAAGAGAAUGUUACCGUAUACAACGGAAAUUGGAAUGCAGGAAAGAAGGACUUCUCAUUUUAAAGGAAAUAUGAACGUGCAAACGUGAGAGUUUACUCUUCAAAGAAGAUGUGAAAGUGACAUGUUGUUCAGAGUCGGAGCGAGGUCUGACUGUAUCACAAGAUAAGCCGCACCGAGAGGACUGAUAUUGAACUUAACGUACUAGAUAUCAAGUCAUAAUUGUUUUGAAGAUAUAAACUGUAACGGCAUAGAGGUCUAGCGUGAAGUGAUUAAUAUCUUGUCACAUAGAUAUAGACCAUCUACCCGAUAUUGACAUAUAUUUUAUCGUUUAACGAUCUCAAAAGCUAACUUCACUAAGGGAGCAAACAUGAUGAACCAAUACCGUUAAUGUACGGACCAGUAAACCUCAAGUAGCUCUGGCAUAUAAUGGUGCCCGGAUUUUUAUUUUUACGCGUCAUCCUCUAACUUGAUAAUAUGGCGUCUAUUGUUGUACAUUUUCUGGCGGAAAUGGACUUGACCAUUUGCCUUAAUAAGCAUUUCAUGACUUAUUAGAGCAGCAAAUUGCAUGUUUUCGUACUUGAUGCUGGAAGUCUGAUGGAUACACCACAAAGGAAUCAAUACCAUUAGAUUAGGGCAAAGUGGUAGCCCCUGUCUGUAUAUAGCAGUAGUGGAUAUUUUUGUUUCUAAUGGUGAUUUUGAUACCUUAUUUGUUUGUAUCAUUUACAUUAAUUUCUAGGAUUUUUGUUACCAAAAACUGUAUACACAUUUAGUGCGUAUUAUCAUUGAUUUUUAAAUAGUGCUUUAGU